UUCGCAAAAGUUAAAACGAAUACGUGCGUCGAGUUUGACGUUUCGUGGUGAACCCUCGUGGAUGUCGUCUAGCUUGGAUAUGGCAGUCGAUUUAGGAUUCGUGGAGAAAUGCGAGUCCUGGCGGCUGGAGAGCCGAUUCUUCCCCAGUAAAGUAGGCGGCAGGCCGGCCUGGCUCGAUCUAAAAAAUAUUCCCACCAAAGCUGAUCUAGAAUGCGAAUAUUGCGGCGAUCCCUGUGUGUUUCUUUGCCAGAUUUAUGCGCCAUAUGAGGAGGACGUCGAUGCGUUUCAUAGAACUAUAUACGUUUUCAUAUGCAAAAAUGUAGAUUGUUGCAAGUUGAAUCAGAACGGAAACUUGAAAGUUUUCCGAUCACAGAUGAAUAGAGUUAACAACUUUUAUCCAUCCGAACCACCUGUGGAACAGAAGGAUUGGAAAACAGAUAUUGAUGUAUCGCAGUGGACAAAAACAUGUCAUGUAUGUGGAAUCUUGGCACCAAAUCACUGUGGUAAAUGUAAAAUCGUCAAUUAUUGCUCUCGAAUACAUCAAGUUUAUGAUUGGAAGAACAGACACAAAGAUAUAUGUGGUAUGGUAGAAGAUAAAAAUGACAACAGUUUUCUGUUUCCUGAAUAUGAGAUAGUGAUAGAGAGCGAUGAUAUUACAAAAGAAAAUGUUGAGCAGAAUGAUCUGAAAAGUGAACAAGAAGAAAUGGAAAAAUAUAACACGAUGGUGCAAGAUGACAGAGUUGGAACAUUUCAGCAUGAAGAUGUUAAUGAUGACUUACUAGAAAUGGCUAAUGAUGAGAAAGAUGAGAUAUUUGCAGAGUUUCGUAUGAAAAUAGAUAAUUAUCCAGAUCAGAUUUUAAGGUAUGAUAGAGGAGGAAAAGUUUUAUAUAUUUCAUCACAUAAUCAGACAAUAGAUAUACCAAAAUGUCCAGAAUGCAAUGGUGAUAGACAAUUUGAAUUUCAGAUAAUGCCACAGCUAUUGAACUAUCUCGGCUCCAAAGAUGUUAUCAAGUGCCUUGAUUGGGGAAUAUUGGCUGUUUUCACAUGUAAACAAUCUUGCAUAUCUAAGAAUAAGUAUAUAAGAGAGUAUAUAUGGAAGCAAGACAUUGUACAGGAAGAAACUGAAUCGAAAAUAAAUCAGAACAUAUGAAUAUA